UGGUGCUAAAAACAAAUUCGAAACUCCAUUACUAAGUUUUUCCAUUGUGCAGAGUUUAAUUUUGCGUUACAGCAUGUGAACGGGAACGAAAUCAAUCACAGCUGGUGCAGAUGAAUGAAGCCACCAAAGUAUUGUUCAUCUCUGACCACUCUCACUAUAUAAGACCCAAAUCUCGCCACCUCCAUCACUAUUUAUUCGCUGUUUUCGAAACCGAAGACUCUUCUUCUUCACCGCGCUGAUUGAAACCGAAUAGGAUUCAGCUGAGAAUGGGGCACAGUUCGAAGAAGAAGAAGCGCGGAGGCGGGAGCGGUCGCCGGAGCAAGGGGAGAACGCAGUCCAAAGAUCACGCUUCUCAAUUCGGCGCCGACGAUUACGACCAGCUCUCCGAAGAGAUUACCGCAUUAUGCGCUAUUUUCCAAGAAGACUGCAAAGUUCUUCCAGGAUCGCCUCCUCGUAUAGUUAUUAAGCUCAGGCCUUACUCAAAGGACAUGGGCUAUGAAGAUCUAGAUGUCUCUGCUUCUCUUGUUGUCAGGUGCUUGCCUGGGUAUCCUUUCAAGUGCCCCAAGCUGCAGAUUACACCGGAGAAAGGGUUAUCAGAAGCUGAUGCUGAUAAGCUUUUAUCUCUCCUCCAUGAUCAGGCUACAUUAAAUGCUAGGGAGGGACGAGUAAUGAUCUAUAAUUUGGUUGAGGCUGCUCAAGAGUUUCUUUCUGGUAUUGAGCCAAUUGGCAUAUCAAAUGAUUCUAAGCUUCUACACUCAACUGUGGAAAGCAAUGAAGAAUUGUUUACCAAGGAUAAGACAUCUUUAAGUAAGAAGGGUUCUUUUGUUUAUGGUUUUAUAGACCUUUUCAGUGGCUAUGGAGAAACAUGGAGUUGGGGUUUUGGAAUGGAUGAAACUGCCGGAAAAAGUUCUUCUCUUCCCUUGUCUAAUUUAGAUGGCUCAAAACAACGCUUUGAAACUCAUGAGAAGAAAUUUAAUAGUAAGGAAACACGGUUAGUUAUGCAAGAACAUCCUGCCAAAUUAGAUACUGUCGGAGAAGUUAUUGAAGACAGCAAAAAUAGUUUAUCUUUGACUAGUUCAAGUACAUCUUCAGAAGAGGAUUUUGUAGUAAACGACGAUGAAGGUGAGAAAGAGUAUUUUAUUGUUGAUAAGUAUACAACUGAAGAUAAUGAAGGUAUUAAUGAAAGUGAGUCUCCAGAGGCUCUUCCUUCUGACUCCUUGCCUCGUCCUCAGUCAUCUCAAACAAUUGAAAAGGAUAUACUAAUGGUUCACAUGCUUCGCCUUGUUUGUACUUCUAAGGGAUCAUUAACUGACUGUUUGCCACAAGUGGUAACAGAGCUGUACAAUUUAGGGAUCAUUACUGAUUUAGCACGUGAUAUGGCAUCUAAACCACCUUCCAUUUUCAACAAAACCUUUGAUCGUGUUUUCCAAAAACACCUGGCUUCAUCCAAAAUAUCUCAAUUUUGGAAUCCCGAUCUUGGAGGCUCAAACACAGUUUCUCACAGUUCUCGAUAUUUGAAUGACUUUGAGGAGCUGCGUCCUCUAGGUCAUGGUGGUUUUGGUCAUGUUGUAUUGUGCAAAAAUAAACUUGAUGGAAGGCAUUAUGCAGUAAAGAAAAUUCGCCUUAAGGACAAAAGCAUGCCUGACCGAAUAUUAAGGGAAGUAGCUACACUUUCUCGUUUACAGCAUCAACAUGUCGUUCGGUAUUAUCAGGCAUGGUUUGAAACUGGAGUUUCUGAUUCUUAUGGUGAUUCUACUUGGGGUUCAAAGACUACAGUAAGCUCUACUUUCAGCUUUAACGCUGCAACUUCCAAUGAUGUCUUUGGGCAUGAGAAUCAGCUUGAAUCAACUUACCUUUAUAUACAAAUGGAAUACUGUCCCAGGACUCUUCGCCAGAAGUUUGAAUCAUAUAAUGAUUUUGACAAAGAAUCGGCUUGGCAUUUAUUUCGUCAAAUAGUGGAAGGCUUGUCACACAUACAUGGACAAGGAAUAAUUCAUCGGGACUUAACACCAAAUAACAUAUUCUUUGAUGCUCGCAAUGAUAUUAAAAUUGGUGACUUUGGUCUUGCAAAGUUCUUGAAGUUAGAGCAGCUGGAUCAAGAUGUGGGCCACACUGCUGAUGCAACUGGAGUUUCCAUUGAUGGCACUGGACAAGUGGGGACAUAUUUCUAUACAGCUCCUGAAAUUGAGCAAGGAUGGCCCAAGAUUGAUGAAAAGGCUGAUAUGUACAGCUUAGGAGUGGUUUUCUUUGAGCUUUGGCACCCAUUUGGGACAGCAAUGGAGAGACACGUUGUUUUAUCUGAUUUGAAACAGAAAGGGGAAGUUCCACCAAUUUGGGUCGCUGAGUUUCCAGAACAGGAAUCCUUACUGAGGCAGUUAAUGUCUCCGGCUCCUUCAGAUCGCCCUUCUGCCAUAGAACUUCUGCAAAAUGCAUUUCCUCAGCGAAUGGAGUCUGAAUUAUUGGAUGAUAUCCUUAGAACAAUGCAGAAAUCAGAGGAUACAAGCAUAUAUGAUAAAGUUUUAAGUGCUAUCUUUGACGAAGAGAUGCUAAGCACAAAACACAUUCGUCAGGUUGGUAGAUUGGGAUCAGUUGGAGAUAGCAGUUCCUCCAUUCAGUACACAGAAUUUGAAACAGAGGUUCGGGAUUAUGUUGUAGAUAUGAACAGGGAAAUUUUUAGACAGCAUUGUGCAAAGCACCUUGAAAUAUCAACAAUGAGAUUAUUGGAAGAUUGUCCACAGUUUAAUAGAAAUGCAGUUAAACUUCUGACGCAUGGAGGAGACAUGCUUGAACUUUGCCACGAGUUGCGUUUUCCUUUUGUGAACUGGAUUAUAUCUAACCAGAAAUCUUCAUUUAAACGAUAUGAGAUAUCAUGUGUCUUUAGAAGAGCAGUUGGACAUUCAUCACCAAAUCGCUACCUCCAGGGAGAUUUUGACAUUAUUGGUGGCACCUCGGCAUUGACAGAAGCAGAGGUCAUAAAGGUCACAAGGGACGUAGUCACAUGUUUUUUUCAAGCAGAUUCAUGUGACAUUCAUCUCAACCAUGGUGACCUUCUGGAUGCAAUUUGGUCAUGGACUGGAGUCAAGGUGGAACACAGACUCAAAGUCGCAGAGCUUCUCUCAAUGAUGGGUUCUUUGCGCCCACAAUCCUCAGAAAGGAAAUCAAAAUGGGUCGUGAUAAGGCGGCAACUUUUGCAGGAACUGAAUUUAGCAGAGACUAAGGUAAAUAGGUUACAGACUGUAGGUUUAAGAUUUUGUGGAUCUGCAGAUCAUGCACUCCCCCGAUUAAGAGGAGCUCUUCCAUCUGAUAAACGUACAUUCAAGGCACUAGAUGAGUUGUCUGAGCUUGUCAGUCUCCUGAGAAUUUGGAGGAUUGACAGAAAUAUAUAUAUCGAUGCAUUAAUGCCACCAACUGAAAGUUAUCAUAGAGAUUUGUUUUUUCAGGUAUACUUAAGGAAGGAGAACAGUCCUGGGUCUCUCUCUGAAGGUGUAUUGCUGGCUGUUGGUGGUCGAUAUGACUACUUGCUUCAUCAGCUGUGGCGAAGUGACUCUAAAGGAAAUCCUCCAACUGGUGUGGGGACUAGCAUUGCACUGGAGACAAUAAUUCAGAAUUGUCCUGUAGAUAUCAAACCCAAUAGAAACGAAGGCACCACCAGUAUUCUUGUCUGUUCUAGAGGUGGAGGAGGUCUCCUGGUGGAGCGCAUGGAGCUAGUUGCGGAAUUAUGGGAGGAGAACUUUAAGGCUGAAUUCGUUCCUACCCCUGAUCCAAGUCUUACAGAGCAGUAUGAGUAUGCUAAUGAACAUGGUAUAAAAUGCCUUGUCAUCAUCGCAGAUACAGAUUUCUCCUUGACAGAUUCUGUUAAGGUUCGACACCUUGAACAUAAGAGGGAGAAAAGUGUGGAGAGAAAAAACCUAGUUAAGUUUCUAUCGGAAGCCAUGGCAACACAAUUUAGAAAUCCCUCCAUUUGGAUUUGAUCGAAUAUUAACAGAGGGAGUUGUUACAUACUGAAUAUUUUCAGCAACUGUACAUUAUGAACGUGGAUGCCUUCCAUUUUUCACUUUUCAGAAUGUAGAACUGUAGAAGAGAAUUCGUGUAUAUCAGUUUUGCAGCUGUCACCGUCCUUCCCUCUCCCCUUGUGCAUGGUUGUGACUUCCGAUGAUGUAUGUAUGUACAUAGUUGUAAUUCCUUUUGUGCUUAAAAAACCCUGUGAAUAGUGGCUAUUGAUGACCCAUUGUAACUACUUUCUUUUCUUCUUUUUUUCCUUUUUACAUACAUAAGCAUUUUAACCUUUGUUUUUUCUGAAAGAAACAGAAGAAGUGUCAGAAAAUGUUUGAUAUUUAUAGAAUGAUUACAUUUUUCUUCUUCUUA